UGAAUGUGGCUUCAUUAUUCGCCUCGGACUGGCAGCCUAUUUCAGUGGGAUUUUUUUUUUUUUUUUUUUUACACCUGAUUCACUCUGUGCUGCUCCUUACUUGAAGGCAGAUCCUUUGACUUAAGAAGAUUAGAUGCAUGAACGACACAGCAAGCUAUCUGUGCUUUUCAAGGAAGAGAUUUGGCUCCAAAAUAGGGCACUAAGCUUUUCAGCCUUAUGCCUAUUUACCUAGUCAGCACGACGCAGUGUCUCAGGGUGCUUAGUAGCCUCCUGGGGCAUCAGCUGGGAAACAAAAGCAGAAGUGGCAGCCGCAGAAAAUGUGGAAGUCUGUGCCAUUAGAGAGCGCGCCUGCUAAUAAUGGCCUGUGAGACCCAGGUUUCCUUGGUUUCCAUGGUUUCCAUUAGGUACCAUAGAAAUUGAAUUGCUCCUGCUUUUGGGGGAGUGGAAGGGUGCCCGAAUGACAGAGCAUAUUACUUAGAACUUGCUGUGUUCAUCCUUUUGACAAAACUAACUGGAUUGCAUUUUGUUUCCUCUCUGAAUUUUGAAUAUAUUACAUUUUUAUUUUUUUUGAAGAUACUCCUUUUUUCCUUAUAUGUGUAUUUCUCUAGUAAUUCCUUGGUUUUUGUGCUUUUUAUUAGUAUUUUGCUUGUGUAGCAUUAAGCUUGGAAAAUCAAGGAUAUGAUCUUUAACACAGGUGGACUACAAAGGGGGAGUGAUAUUUUAAUUUAUUGGUCAGGUGUUGGCUACCUGCAUCAGCAGCAGUAUGCCCCUGCAACAGAUAUCUGUAGUCCCUGCUCGGGAGACUACUAACAAUGGAAGAAGUUCAAUGGGCAGAAACAAAGAAAAGACCAAAGAAAUCGAGAAUAACAAAUCCCCCGGGCGCUCAGCAAGUCGAUCAAGCAACAUAUCAAAGGCUAGUAGCCCAACAUCAGUUUGUCCAUCAACUCAGGAUAUAUGUAGAAGCACGACUUUGCAUGAUUUAUCAGAAGAUGACAUUACACAUACUCCAGUUAUGGCGAUAACUGUUUCUAGUAGGGAUACUGGUAUAAAAAAAGUCAAACGAAGGUUUAGACGUAAAAAAAGAGCAACAUGCCCUACGUGUACUCACACAAAGCGAGAAAGCAUAAAACCACAUGAAGGAACACAGAGAAUAGGUCUGACUGAAACAGAUUCCUCAUCAGAUGAGAUGCAGUGGGCCACCUCAAGAUUAAAAAAGAAAGAAAUGGUUAAACCAUCCAAGAAAGGAAGACGGAGAAGUAAACCAUCUUACAGUAACAAUGGGUUAUCAGACCCUAAUGCUGUGGAGAUGGUUCCCAUACAUCGCAAAGACACAAAUGAAGUACAGGUCCAAAAGCCACAUAUCUCCAGUGUCACUAGUUCUGCUCCUCACCACAGAAGAAGAAGAAAAGUUAUUUUACAUAAAGAACCCAGUGUCUCUUUGUCAUCAGAAUCAUCCCUUGAAAUUCGAAGAUUUUCUAAUACAAGAAAAUUAAAGGCUUGUUGUGAGAAUACUCAGAGAUGCCAGUGUUGUUGCAAAGAAGAGUUUAUUAUCAAGAAAAGUAUAAGAGAGGAUGGUACUGGUACAAAUACCUUGGCACCAGUUAGUGCAGUUCCCUAUGAAAGUGAGGCUACUUCUGCCAUCUGUGAUGAAUGGGGUGAUGAUUUAGAACUGUGCAGAAUCUGUCACUGUGAGGGAGAUGAAGAAAAUCCCCUCAUUGCACCAUGUAGAUGUACGGGAACACUGAGAUUUGUACAUCAGGCUUGCCUGCAUCAAUGGAUUAAAAGCUCAGACACAAGAUGUUGUGAACUUUGCAAGUACGACUUUGUAAUGGAAACCAAACUGAAACCUUUACAGAAGUGGGAAAAAUUGCAGAUGACAAAAAGUGAGAGGAGGAAGAUAGUUUGUUCUGUUUCAUUUCACAUUAUUGCCAUCACGUGUGUAGUAUGGUCUUUGUACGUGCUCAUAGAUCGAACUGCAGAAGAAAUCAGACAAGGAAAUGACAAUGGUGUUCUCGAAUGGCCAUUUUGGACAAAGUUAGUGGUGGUGGCUAUUGGAUUUACAGGGGGUUUGGUCUUCAUGUAUGUUCAGUGUAAAGUUUAUAUGCAGUUGUGGAGACGGUUGAAGGCAUACAAUCGGGUAAUUUUUGUCCAGAACUGUCCAGACAGAGCUAAAAAACUAGAAGAGAAAAUCUCUACAAAUACUCAAAAUACUGAACAAAAGGACCCUGUGAUGGUUGCCCCUUUACAGACAACAACAGUACAAUCAUGUUCUGAACCAGUUGUGCCUGAAGUAAUGCCUGUUUGAUGAAAAAAGCACUUUGCAUCAAAAAAUGUACUUAAUUAUUUAAUUGAAAUGGAACCAACGACAGCCAUGCUAAAGAGAUGUAAAUAUAUGGCCCAUGAUUUUCUAUCACCUAAGUGAAUAGAGCAGGGGUAAAAAACUGUGGCUCCCCUGUUGAUACUAGACUAAAACGCAUGUAAUUCUCUGAUAGGUUAUAGGAAUUAAAGAAGAAGGGCAUGGAGGCAAAAGGUCAACAACUCAGAUACAGAGUAUUACAAAAUAUAAGUAAAAAUUGAGUUAACAUUUUAUUUGUUACUAAUUAGAAAAGAAAGAAAAUACAUCAAUCAGAAAAACUUUAAAAGAUAAACAGUAUGAUAUGUAAGGCAAAAAAGCAGAAAAUAUAAUCUAGAAGAAUGAUGUGUCUAUGCAACCUCAUUGAGUGAGUUACAUGACAUAUUAAAAUGCACUACACAUUUGUCCUCUAAAAAUUACAGCGUUUUUUUUUUAAAGUGGAUUAGUCACCUAAAAACAUGUUUAUAGUAGAGAGGUAACUGUCUAUAGACUGUGUAUUACCAAUUUUAAACGGUUCAGCAAUUUUAAAAAGAAUUAGAAAAUAAAUUAAUGAAUUUAGAUUUUCCUUUGUUGAAAUGCAUAGCAAUUUCCCAAAGCAAGCAAACAAAUAUGUUAUAUCCACUAAAAAAAUAUUAAACUUCGCACUUAUUGAAUUGCUUUAAAUAAUCUGUACAGUUCUUGUUGUUGUUGUUUUGGUUAAAAAUGAUCUGUUACCUGCACAGCUUUUGGUGUCCUUCAAUGUAUUUUAUAAAUAUCUUACAGCUGUAUUUUAUGUUUGUUUUUUUCCAAUGAGUGGAAUUGCUUUUGUGGGGCAAAAUCUGCAUAACUCGUUACUGCUCAGUAUUGCUCUUGGAAAAUGAUUCUGCUAAGGACUGGAAUAGCUAAGAAGCUUCCACUAAAAUGGGUGAAAAAUGUAAUGUAGAGGGAAAAACGUGAAAAUGUUGUGUAAAACGGUUAAAUGACUGCUCUCAUUGGCAUUGAGAUAUGGAUAGUGCAUUUGUAAUUCAUAUUUGUGUAUUUGUAAAUACCAUUACAUAAUUAUAUUAGAAAUAUAUGUCUAUAAAAUUUAGGAUGUAGGAAGGUAAUAGGGCCAAUGUAAGAUGUUUGUGAUUUGUAUGUCACAUUUAUGUGACAUGUAUGGUGUAUCAAUGUUGUUUAAUGGUUUGAGGAUAGAUUCUGAGAUAUAUUCCUACAUAGAUUGGAUUUAACAUGAGAUAACUCCUUUCAAAAAUGCUACUUAAUCUUACCAAUGCAAACAAAUUUUAUACAAAAGUGUUAAUAAUGUUCCUGUUACGAGGAACAAGCAAAAGUGCAUAAGCACAUCACUAUAUAAAUUUACAGUGAAACAUGUGUUUGUCACAUUUUAAUUUAAACCAUGGAUGUCAAAUGUUUUGUACACUGUAUUUUCACAGUGUAUUGCAUUUUAAAU